AUGGGUAAUGGGAUGGGAAAAUUGAAGCUUUGUUUCGCCGGAGAUGUUGGAGAAAUCUCGAAAAGACACCACGAUAUCGCCGUGAAUCUCUCCGAUCAUCUCGACGACGUCGGUUUAGGCCAUUCAUUUUGCUACAUCCGGCCAGACCCUUCUUUCUCCGAUGAAUCCUCCUCCUCCUCCUCCUCCUCCUCCUCUACUAACAGCAGCCAAACGACGGUGUUUCGCACCAUCUCCGGCGCUUCCAUAUCGGCUAACGCUUCCACACCUCUCUCUACUGCACUUUUCGACUUCUACACUUAUACUGACAUAUCGUCUUCAGCUUUCGAAAGCUCACCUUUAUUCUCUUCUAUUCCUCUUCAACCUAUCCCCCGAAGAUCAGUAGCCUCUAUUCGGUCGGGCCCGAUCUCCCGAGUUUCUUGCUCGGGCUCUGGCCCAACCGAGAGGGGAUUUGUCUCUGGCCCAAUCGAGCGGGGCUAUUUAGUUAGAAGUUUGAGGAAAGUUUUGUCAAGCUCCUUUCUGGGGAUUGAAGAAAUGAGUUUUAUAGAGAAGAAGAAUAAAAUUAAUUUGGCUGAUGACGUUGAGGGAAAUGUACAGUGGGCUCAGGGAAAAGCAGGGGAAGACAGAGUACAUAUAGUGGUUUCUGAAGAACAUGGUUGGGUUUUUGUUGGGAUUUAUGAUGGAUUUAAUGGGCCUGAUGCUACAGAUUUUCUGUUAAACAAUCUCUAUUCAAAUGUCAUCAAAGAGCUCAAGAGAUUUCCUUGGAAUGACAAGUUAGAAAUUUCUGAGGAUUCGACGGGUAAUGACAUUGUUCGAUUGGUACAUCAGAGUCAAGAAUUUGAUGAGAAGUUGAACAAUUUGGGAACAAAUGGAGAUGCGGGUAUUGACCAAUUCGAUAUCUUGAAGGCGUUAUCAGAGGCGUUAAGGAAAACUGAGGCGUCAUAUUUGGAGAUGGCUGAUAUGAUGCUAAAGGAGAAUCCUGAGUUGGCUUUAAUGGGAUCUUGUGUUUUAGUAAUGUUGUUGAAUGGUAAGGAUGUUUACUUCAUGAAUGUUGGAGAUAGUAGAGCACUUUUAGCUCAAAAUCCUGAAUCCGAUCCUUUUGAUAGCAAAUUGGGACGGAUAAACGAGGAAAGUCUAAAUCUAAACAGCAUUGAUGCACUAUGUAGAGUUGAAUCUAAUCUUACUUCUUGUCAACUCACCAUGGAUCAUACCACAUCUGAUAAAGAGGAAGUUCUCAGGAUUAGAAGUGAUCAUCCUGAUGAUGUUUCUGUAAUUAAAAAUGAUAGAGUGAAGGGUUCCCUGAAAGUUACUCGAGCUUUCGGGGCAGGUUAUCUCAAAGAGGCCAAAUGGAACAAUGCACUACUAGAGAUGUUCAGAAUUAACUAUAUUGGAAAUUCCCCUUACAUCAACUGUUUGCCAUCACUUUACCACCAUAAGCUUGGUCCUAGAGACAGAUUUUUGAUCUUAUCUUCUGAUGGACUUUACCAAUACUUCACCAACGAAGAAGCAGUCUCUGAAGUUGAAAACUUCAUGUCUAUAUUCCCUGAGGGAGAUCCAUCUCAGCAUCUUGUUGAAGAAGUAUUAUUCAGAGCUGCUAAGAAAGCUGGCAUGAAUUUCCAUGAAUUACUUGACAUACCACCUGGAGAUCGUCGACAGUACCAUGAUGAUGUCUCAAUUAUCAUUAUAUCUUUCGAAGGAAAACUAUGGCGAUCAUCUGCUUAAAUAAGCUAUACUAAGAGAAAUUUUGAACUCUUACAAUCAGAAAAGAAAGAAAAUCCAUAGGAAAGAUCAAAUACUUUUUGCUGUUAACAUUUGUUACCCCAUUAUUGCCUGUAGUGUGUAUAGUACACAAGUUAGGCUUUUACAUAAGAUUGAGGCUAAGACUUCUGCUUGCUGAUUGAAAAGCUACCGAUAAAUUUAACUCCUGCUUCUUUUUGACAUUGUGAUUCCAGUGCGUAGUCCAGGUUGCCUAACUAACACUGUUUAAUAUUGGUUGUUACAUGUCAGUAUUUGGUCAGUUUAGAGAGGGGAGGACUUUCGGCCCUUCCCCGAACCCCGCGCAUAACGGGAGCUUAGUGCACCGAGCUGCCUUUUUCAAUGCCGAAAAGACAGUUUUUUGCUGCACCGCAGUAAAAUAACUAGGAUAAGUGGUCUUGGUCUUGGAGUUCAACAACUUCUGAAAUUCAGAGGCCUCGUAAAAUAAAAGGAUUUAAGGUACGAAAUGGUGAUCUAAUUUUCGACUUUCAAGUUUCAAGAAUCCAUUAGA